AUGGAAGCUGAAUUCAUCCGAGUCACGGCACGAGUGCGUCCAGCUGCGACCAAGGAGGAACGAAUUGUCAAUGAACAAAUUUUUGAGGACUUAGCGAGCCGUAUAAUUGACGGUUGCGUAGACGGGUACAACGGGACCGUUUUCGCUUAUGGCCAGACCGGAUCAGGAAAGACCCACACGAUGUUCGGGCCGCCGAAUGUGGAGAAUUCCCUCCUCGAUUGCCAGCAACGAGGGCUUAUGCCUCGCGCAUGUGAAGCACUGUUUAAGAAAUUAUGUACCAGAGUUGCCGAGAACUUCACCUACGAAGUCUUUUGUCGGUUUGUCGAACUCUACAACGAGGAGUUUUACGAUUUACUGGGUUCUCCUCAACAGAAGCUGUCCAUACGAAGGUGUUCAGUUACUUGGUGUAUCCGAACACAGAGUCCAAUCCUCGAGAUUGGUUGCGAUGCAAGACGUACAGCGGAGACGGCGAUGAAUCGCGAGUCGUCCCGGUCCCACAGCAUCUUCAUUGUAGAUGUGAAGACCGAGGAACUGGUGAACACAAUCGUGAAUAAAAAGUGUGCUACCCUAAAUCUUGUAGACCUAGCAGGAUCCGAGAGGCAGACCCAAUCGAAAGUUUUUGGCGAUCGAUUCAAAGAGGCGAUAAGCAUUAAUUUGUCAUUAACUGUUCUUGGUCGUGUCAUACGAACGUUAUCUGACAUGAGUCGUCGUGAUGAACAUAUACCCUAUCGCGACUCGAAGCUCACUCACAUUUUACGGGACUCACUAGGCGGCAAUAGCAGGACAGCCGUGAUCGUGAAUGUCCAUCCUGAAAAAGGCUACUAUUCGGACACGCUGUCGACCUUGCAGUUUGCGGCGGCUUGCAGGAAGAUUGAAAAUCGCGUCCGUGCUAACGAGGACUUAGCAGGUGGCACAAUAAUGGCAUACAAGGCCGAGAUUGCUCAUCUUCGUGAAGAACUUCGAUCUAUUGAGGAGAAGACUCGUUCAGGUGUCCUUAUAUCAUUUGUAUACUCAAAUUAUGAGCUUACUUUAUACAAUCGUACCUCCAGAACUGAAGUCGAAAGUGUCAGCGAUUGA